AUGUCUCUGAAUUUGAAAAAGAGAGGGAAGAAGACUGGCUCUGUCACUCCUACACAGGCAGAGACUGUUGCCGCUUCCAUUGAGAAUGAUGAGAAAACGACUUUGAUCAGCACCAGAAAGGAGUCUGACAAUGUUUACUGGAUUGCCAUGGCUGUCUUGACGGUUGCCGCUGCUGCCGUUAGAUUCACACUUCUUAGUCAUCCAGCCAAAGUGGUUUUUGACGAGGUGCACUUUGGAAAAUUCGCUUCCUACUACCUCGAGAGAACAUACUUUUUCGAUUUGCAUCCACCAUUCGCCAAGCUCCUUAUUGCAUUUGCUGGCUGGUUAGUGGGUUAUGAUGGCGCCUUCAAGUUUGAGAACAUUGGUGACAACUACGUUGAGAACAAUGUGCCUUAUUUGGCCUACAGAUCACUCCUGGCCGUCCAAGGUACUUUGGUCGUGCCUGUCAUCUUCUUGACCAUGAAGACUCUUGGAUUCACCGUUUCCGCAUGUAUCUUGUCUUCUGCACUUGUUUUGUUCGACAAUGCUCACAUCAUUGACUCGAGAUUGAUCCUUUUGGACGCUACCUUGAUUCUCAGUGUUGCACUUACUAUGUUCACCUACUGUAAGUUUUCCACAUACCGUCGCCAGCCAUUCACUAAAUGGUGGUGGAUCUGGUUGCUCUCAACCGGUGUGGCUUUAUCCUGUGUUAUUUCCACCAAGUACGUCGGUGUCUUCACAUACUUCACGAUUGGUAUCGCUGUGGUCCAUGAGUUGUGGAUCCUCCUUGACAUCAAAAAGGGUUUGUCGCUCGAGGAAUUUGCUCAGCAUUUCCUUGCCCGCUUCUUCUCCUUGAUCGUGUUGCCAUUCACCAUCUACUUGUUCUGGUUCUACUUGCAUUUUGCCAUUUUGACCAAGUCUGGUCCAGGUGACGCUUUCAUGUCUUCCGACUUCCAAGAGACUUUGGAGGAAUCCCCAUUGGCAAAAUACUCUAAGGCUGUUCAUUACCAUGACAUUCUUACUGUUCAGCACAAGGAAACUGAGGCUUUCUUGCACUCUCACAACCUCACAUACCCAUUGAGAUACGAGAACGGUAGAAUCUCCUCGAACUUGCAGCAAGUGACCUGUGUUUACGACCAAGAAGGACAGGAGAUCAAGGACGCCAACUCCCAGUGGGAAAUUAUCCCAACAAAGGAGGUCGGUAACAACCAAGCUGUCUACACCAACGAUGUGGUUAGAUUCAGACAUGUUGGUACUGGUGGAUUCUUGUUGACCCACGACGUUGCUUCUCCCUUGCUUUCUACGAACGAAGAGUUCGUGGUUGUUCACAACGAAGUGGCCGAGUCAAGAUACAACGAGACUUUGUUCCGUUUGCGUUACGCCGAGGCUAACAACAAGAACAAGAGAGCUCUCGUUAAGACCAAGGCUACUCCAUUGAGAGUGGUGCACGUCGACACCGUGGUCGCUAUGUGGACUCACGAUGACGAAGUGUUGCCUGACUGGGCUCUUGAGCACCAAGAAGUGAGUGGUAACAAGAAGGUUCAGGAUAAGGACAACACCUGGACUUUCGACACCAUUGUCAACUUGAAGGAAGAAGACCCAAGAAAUCACUUUACUCCCAAGAAGGUGAAGACAAUGCCAUUCUUGAAGAAAUGGUGGGAGCUCCAAGGCUUGAUGUUCGUUCACAACAACAAGUUGUCGUCUGAGCAUCCAUUCGCCUCGCAGCCAGACGCUUGGCCACUUGCUGUUUCCGGUGUGUCUUUCUGGAAUGACAAUGAGAACAGAAAACAGAUCUUUUUCAUCGGUAACGUUAUUGGUUUCUGGAUUCAGGUUGGAUUCCUCGCUGUCUACGUUGGUUUUGUUCUCGCUGACCUUGUUACGCAAAGAAGAGCCCACGAGAUCAUCACGCCUCAGGCCAGAUCAAGACUCUACAACACAUUGGGUUUCCUCUUCAUUGGUUGGGCUGCUCACUACUUCCCAUUUUACUUGAUGGGUAGACAAAAGUUCUUGCACCACUACCUUCCUGCCCACCUUAUUGCGGCCUUGUUUACUGGUGGUGCUGUUGAGUUCUUGUGUACCAACAAGACCGCCCACAACAAGAAGGGCAUGCCUCCAGCAGCCAUCGACAAGGUCAGACUCAUUGGUGCCACUGUUACCGUGGUUAUCGGCACCGCUUGGUUCCUUUGGUACAUGAGAGCCAUGACCUACGGUCACUUUGCCAUGGCCGCUGAGGAAGUCAAGAAGAGACAGUGGCUCGAUAUCAAGUUCCACUACGCUAAGUAG